UAACUUAAAUCUGAGCUAGAGGCAGACGCAAACCACUUUUGCCAAACUUAGUUGAGGUAAAAUGGAUUGCAAAAAUAUAAACCACAGAAAUUGUCAAUUUUCAAUUGUUGGCUUGAUUUUCAAUGGAUAAUGUUGCUCUACAAAACACAAUAUCCACAAAUGGAAUGUGGUUCAUAAAACAGCUGGUUGGUUUAGGCUCAAAUGAGGUGAUUUCCACAAAAUUCUACGAAGCAAAGACAACAACAAGAAUGACUAACACGCUAUACUGCCCCAGGCUACAAUAAGCCGUCUUCUAUUUAAGCUCACUUGAUCUUGUUAUUACCAAAACUUGCUAAAUUUCGAAAAGUUCAGCUCUUUUUCGACAACUUGCUAAAUUUCGAAAAAAUUUAGCUUUUUUUCCACAAGUUCAUCAUUUAGUUGGAAACAGUAGAAACAAAGUUGAGUAUUAUGAAGCCAGCAGUGAUUUGCAUCAUUUUUCUCUGUAUUGGUCUCGGGCAUGGAUUAAGCUUGAUACUGCCCUGGAGAAGGGUUCCAGUUCCACAAUUUUCCUUUCCUCGCCUUCAAGUCUCACUUCCAGUUAUCCGACCGGCAGUUUUUCGGCCUUUACCAACCACAAGUCGUCCGACAUUUAGUCCAAGAACAACAGCCGCUCCAUUGUUAAGUAGGGGCCAAGGGCAUACUCUCAUAGUUCCGAAAGCGUUUAAAGUGGGCAUAAGAUCAACAGUUAUCCUGAACCUGUAUGGAUAUACUUCAGCAACUGUUUCUGCCUACGUUACGGAUCCUGGGCGACGCAGCAUAUUUGCUCAAGUUCCUGCAAGAACACUUACUGCAUCUCAGCGCAACAGUCCAAUACAAUUUCAAUUUCAGAUAACUGAGCAAGACAUCGUUUCGAAAAAUAUCGGAAGAAAAGUUGAAGUUGUUAUAUCUUGUGUGAGAGCUACAUUUACUUUCACAAAAAGGGUUCAAGUUUUGAUUGACAGAAAUAGUGGUUACCUGUUUGUGCAGACUGAUCGUCCUAUAUACAGACCAAAUGAGCGAGUUGAAAUCCGCACCUAUCCCCUCCAGCAAGAUAUGUCCCCAGAAAAAAACGCAAUGGUUCAAGUUAUCGUAAAGACCCCAGAUGGUAUUGGAGUGAAUAAAGUAGAACGACAAUUACCAGCGUCUGGUUUUAUUGACACAACUUUUCAUGUAGCCGAACACCCCAUGUUUGGGACUUGGUUUGUACAAGCAAAAUAUGUUUCAAAGGCGUUUACCACAACUGCUGAAGCAACUUUUGCUGUGCGAAAAUACGUUGUUCCUACAUUCAACGUUCAACUUGAAUUAGAAAGAAACUACAUUCUGAUCAGUGAUUCACAUAUUACAGGGAAAAUUAUGGCAAAUUAUAGUUACGGGUUGCCCGUGAGCGGAAAUUAUUUUCUUUCUAUGAAACUAAAGCGGUCACAGAAUGGGGAACCCCAGGAGUUUUACAAAAUGCCAGGAAAUGGCACUCUUAAAGCCAAUUUCAGAAACGGUAUUCAACGUUUUAACGUCUCGGUCAAUUUAUUGCUGAACAUUUUAAAUCCGGGUGAAACAAUUGCUGAUUUAGCUGAGAUGGGUGCAACGUUCUGUGUUGAAGCUACUGUGAACUCAAGAGCAGAUUCAAUUAUGGAAUCUGAUGUGACAGCAGAUCUCCAGUUUCUUAAAUCUCCUUUCAUAAUAGAUACAUCCAUUACAUCAAAAUAUUACAUUCCUCCAGUUGCAUAUACCUUACAAGGCAUAGUUACGGAUGCAAUUUCCUUAACUCCAAAGCAAGAUAUACGAAUCCGCAUAUCAGUUGCUAGUUCGACUUAUACCACGACCACCAACUCGAACGGUAAAUUCGUCACUGCAUUCAGUUUAGUAGGAAACGGAAAUCAGGUGGUUCGUAUUCAAACUUUAGAUCCUGAUAUAAGCAAUGAGCAGCAGGCACGAGUUAAUUUGACCAUUCAACCAUAUAGGUCUCCAUCCUCAAGUUAUUUGCAGAUACUGGCUUCUAGACACACUGUAACAGUUAGAAGAAUGUUUCAGUUAACGUUUACCUUUGGCUCAAGCAGACCAACUGACAUUCGAUAUUACGUUGUUGCUCGGGGCGGUAUCGUGCUAUCAAGUGUCGUGCGCCUGACACCACUGAAUCGGCAAAAAACCAUAAAUGUGUGGCCUACUCAGGCCAUGGUUCCAUUCGCAAGGGUCGUGGCUUAUUAUUUUAAAGACAAUGAGGUGGUGUCCGGGUCACUCUGGUUCGAUGUGGUUGACCAAUGCAAAAGAGAAUUGUCAAUUGAAGUUGCCCCACUUGUUACACCUGGUGCAACUUUCCCAAUUAGAAUAACAGGUGCACCGCACGCGCUGGUAAGCGUCUCAGGCGUGGAUAAAGCAGCGUAUUACUUGUACAAUGGAAGUCGUUUGACACGGGACGUCAUGUUUAAAAGGAUGGAGUCACAUGACCAAGGUUGCGUCAGAAAUGGUGGGGAAGAUUGGAAUCAUGUGUUUAUGGGUGCUGGGCUAAGCUUGUACACAUCAGAACAAAACCCCACAAUCGUAGAUUCCUUGAACUGCGAUAGAAACAGCAGAAAUAAAAGGAAUGUUGAGCUUGAAGACUCAGUGUUGUUAACAUCAUUGAAUCGAAAGUUACAGCAAUGCCGGCGUGAUGGUAAACGUGACGCGUUUGUGAAUGAAACUUGCGAAAUGCGAACUGCAAGAUGUGGUAUUAACUAUGGUGACCAGUACCCUGGUUGCUGUGAGGUGUUUCACCAAUCCUGUGUUCAAGCUUCACUUCAGGAUUCUGGUAACGAAGGUGAAGCAGAAGCAAGCGUGGCUCAAAAACGAGCUUCGUUUCAGGGAGAUUCGUCUCCAUUUGCUGUCGAAGUAGAACAGCCAGAGGGGACAAUUCUUAGCCAAGUAAGCCGGCCAGCAGUUCAAUCCCUUGGACAAUCUUUGGCUCCAACACGCCUUCCCGUCUUUGCUGUACAAGCCGCUCGUCCUCCAUUUUUAGCUAUGGUCCACACAUUUUUAGGUAUGGCCCCACAACCUAUGGCCCACAGAUUUGUCCCUAAUCCGUUUAUUCUGUCCUCGAGACCAACACCGCCAGCAACAACAACAACUACAACAACAACUACGACGACAACAACAACAACUACAACAACAACAAUGAGCACGACAACUGCCACGUUGCCACCUGUAGUGAACAACCCUGGGCGUGAAAGAUCAAAUUUCCAAGAACGCUUAUCGUGGCCGACGAUCAGAAUUCGACCGAAUGGUCAUAUAACUUCUUAUAAGACAGCUCGUGAUAGCAUCACUACUUUUGUUGUUGGUGCAGUUGGUAUGCAGGACUCGCCAGAUGGAUUUUGCAUUGCACCAACGAAAGAGAUGAAAGUUUUCAAAGACGUUUUCGUGCAAAUUAAUCUUCCGUAUUCGAUCCGUAAAUUGGAACAAGCUCAAUUGAAAAUAACAAUAUUUAACUACAAUGCACAAAACAACUACACGUUGCGACUUCAUGCUAAAACAGAUGACACAUUUUGUACAACAUUUAAAUCAGGGACAUGGGCUCAGCUUGGGACGUUUAAUAUUGAAGCUGGUGGUUUUGCAUCUGCGCCAUUGACAGUUAUACCACUACUAAUACCUUUAACUGGGAGGUCACCAAUUCAACUUAAAGUAGUUAACGACCAAACCAAUGUAGUUCAGGAUUCCAUUAGAAGGGAAGUACUAAUAGAGCCAGCUGGUGAAAUGAAGGAUACGUAUAAUAGCUACCCUAUAGACCUGAGCACAGGAAACCAAAGCAUUGAGAUUGGACUUAAUUUCCCAGAGCAGAUAAAUCUGGAAUCAAGAAAGUGCUGGAUUUAUGCUUAUGCAAGUUACAUGGGGCCGAGCAUUGAGGUGAAUCAAAUUACACAAGAACCUCGAAGCAUUGCAAGUAUUUUCAGACAACCUUAUGGAUGUGGGGAACAAAACAUGUUGGUUACAGGGCCAAAUGUAUACGCUCAUAUGUUCCUUGUUACAACGGGGAAAAUGGCGCCUGGUUCAAUACGUUAUGAACAAUCUAUUAGACGAAUGGAGGAUGGUUUCAACCAACAGAUGAGGUACAGAAGUGACUUAGUUGGAAAGAGAGCUUGGUCAGUGUUUUCACAUUACAGACCGAGCACUUGGCUAAAUGCUUACGUGGACAGAGUCUUCAUACAAGCACAGGUUUACUACACAGAGAUGGAUUUGACCCCAGUUUGUCGAUCACUGCAGUGGUUGGUAGGUGAGCAACAUCAGGAAGGCUAUUUCUUGGAAAGAUCGUCGGUUAUUCACAGAGAAAUGCAUGGUGCAGUUGGAGGGCGAUAUUCACUCACAGCCUAUGUACUUGUUACACUGAUUGAAGCACAAAGAAUCAAUUGCAGCGGAGUAAACCAACAGAUCCAACAGUCACGAGAUAAAGCGAUAAAUUAUUUACGAAAUAAUCGCAACCAUCCAGCUUUCCAAAGACCGUACGGACUUUCUAUAUUGACAUAUGCGAUGGCUCUGCAUGACCAGUCUUCUGCCUUUACAAUUGAGUUAAAUCAAAGACUUCUCGGUUUUCAACAAUUAGAUGACAACUCCUACGUCCAUUGGCAAGCCCAUAGCCACAGUGAUAUACAAGGGACGGACACGCACGAUUAUUGGUACGUGAGGAGACCACAAGCAAUAGACGUUGAAACAUCAGCUUAUGCUCUCCUUGCACAAGUUAAACUGGCAAGCAGCAACAACAACGUACAACAAUCUGACCUUGAUACCACAAGAUCUAUUGCUUUAUGGUUGAUCAGUCAACGUAACGAAGCUGGUGCUUUUAGAUCGACGCAAGACACAGUGGUUGGAUUACAAGCUCUUGCUGAAUACAUGGCCUGGGUCAGCCAAGUGCAACCCCAAUCUGCUGACGUCAAUAUAAGAAUACAAUUGCGUGGACCGCCUAACGUAGCAUGGAGUCCUUCAGGUGACCAUAUCAUGAACUUAGAUGGUCAGAAUGUUGGUUUCCGUACAGAAGUAGAGGUACCAGCACAUAUCAUUGGACGUGGCAAUAUUAGAGCACAUAUAUCUGGAAGUGGCGAAGGCAUAAUCUCCAACCGAUGUAUCUACCGAACAUCAUCUGCUGAAGGUGCUUGCCAUUUCAACAUCAACCAUACAGUAGAUUUUGUUCCUUCACCUGAUGGUAGGGUGGCUGAGGAAUUGCCAGUUAAGCUUCGGUUAACAAUAUCCAAACAAGUGGGUUCCCCUGCUGAGGCUUCUAUAGUUGAAGUUAAUCUGAUGUCAGGAUUUUCUGUCGUCGAAAACGACCUGCAGCGAAUGGCAAUUUCCGAGGCAGUAGAUGGAUUGGUUGACCGAUAUGAAAUUACGAGCAGUAAAGUUGUUUUAUAUCUGAGAAGAAUUGGAGCUGAACCGACCACAUUGUCGUUCCGUAUGCGACAAACUGUGGUGGUAUCAAAACCACAACCAGCGAAAAUUAACGUGUACGAUUAUUAUGAGCCAUCGAUAAGUUGUGGAAUAUUUUAUUCCUUACCUGGUGAAGUGGACCGGUUACGAACAACUCAAGCGUGCACAAGCGGUAACACAAACGAGUUGUGUAAAUGUGCUGAAGGUUCAUGUCCUGUUUGCAGAACACGUGAAGAGCAACUACACAACACAACUUGUCUUGGAAGUAGUGGCCAAGACUGUUUAAUAUGCCAGGGUGGCUCGUGUGAGAAUAUGUACAGAAAAGCUUGUACAAGCAACUACGUUUACAUUGCCACAGUAACAAGCCAACCAAGAGAUGCUUGGACACCCGGGUACACGAGUUUCUCAGUUCGUGUGGAUGAGGUCAUUAAAGAAGGUAAUGAUGAAAUCAGUGUUGACCGUAACCGCAUUCGGCAGUUUACCACAAGGAAAGAAUGUUAUGAAAAAUGUAAAGACCCCGUUUUAGCUGGACCUGAUCGUUCUGAAGAGAGUCAACGAUAUUUGAAACCAAACAUGAAAAUUUUGUUGAUGAGCAAUUUCCUUGACUUCAGUAUGGAUAGAUCUGGACAUGUGAGACAUGAUUACCAAAUGGGCGAAGGCACGACCGUAGAACGAAUAAUACCGGACUCCAAAUGUGUGCAAAUUCGCGCACGAGUUGCGUUACCAAAAUUCCAGUGCGAAAAUCCGAAUUUUCCUCGCAACCCGAACAGACAAGCUAAAUGUGACAAAAUGAUGAAAAUGAAAACUUCUUGUGAUAACAUGGAUAGAUUAAAGAAUCAAGUACAGCAAGGCUGUGACAAAUAAAGAUAUUUGUGUUUCCUGCUUUUUAUACGGUGCUAUUAUACACUGCUUUUAGUUUGUUAAUACAAAAAGCGCAGCAUAAUGAA